AUGGGAAAACGUAGACAAAUUUCUGAUUUAUUUAACAGUACGUUCCAAGAACCCGAUGAUAAACCUGUUUCCGAGCACCAUUACUGGGAAAGUAAAUCAUACUCCAAAACCUACUUUAAUAACAAAUCUCGUUUUUUAAAAUUUAGGUAUUAUGACUCUGUCACUGUUUUGAAAUUCCUUUUCUUUCACUGGGUAGCUAAAUGGGCAUCUCUUCUUUCUAAACAAUAUGUAGAGCCAUACAAGUUACAUCCACUUCCCGUUGCUGACCAAGUCCUGCGUUGGCAUCCAGUUUUCUCCAAGAACCUUAGUGAUUGUCUCAUUGCAUUGGAAUCAUAUGAAACAAGACAAUACGGACACCCAAAUACCAGACCUACCAGAUCUGUUCUAUUGAGAGCCCUAUUCCUAACGUUUUGGAAGAGAACAACAUUUGGUCUCCUAGGUAUUAUAGUUACUAAUGUCCUUAGUAUGAGCAUUGCACUACUGGUCAAGCAUCUUUUGGGCAUCCUGAACACUAGCUCUUUCACUCUUCUGAAAAUAUUUCUGUUCCUAUUUGCUGUAAUAGGUCUUCAGAUUGUUGAUGGGCUUUUGAUUGAAAAUUUCAGUUAUUAUCUUCUUCGAUUAAAAAGCGUAUGGGAACAUUCAGUUGCAAUUGGUGUGUUUCAACAUGGCAUGUGCUAUAGAAGAAAAUAUUUCAAUAACAUUAAUGGUUCAAACUCCUUGAGUGUUUGUAACGGUGUUUUACAUACCUGUUCUCCUGAUUCUGAUUGUUCCAGAAAUCCAUUGUUUUGUCCAGCCAGGAGGUACCAAAACAAAGAUAUUACUCCUAACAUGUUCACGUUUGAGUAUUAUGAUUGCUUCUACGUAUCCCUAUUUGUUGAAUCGGCAAUACCAAUUGUUAACUUUUUGUCAAACUUUAUCUAUGGUGUUGUGUUGAUUUCCAUGCAGAUUAAGAUUAAUUUGUGGGUACUGUACGUAAUUGGCCUUGUUUUCUGCUUUUUAAUGGUUGUUGUUGAGAUUAUUAAUACUUACUUAUUUCAUUUUAUUUGCCUUGUCAAAGAUUAUAGAAUUUCAGAAUGCAUUGAAAUCAUAUCUGAGUUACCUCUCAUCAACAAAUUACUCUACGAUGACAUUGCUAUUAACAUAAUUACUGAAACUAGGAAUUCUGAGUUACUUCUGAUUUUGGUUAGAUUAUUUUUUACAUUACUCAAUAAGUCGUUGUGCGUUAUUUGCAACAAUGUGACAUUCUUUGUACUGAUGAAUUAUUUUGUAAAAUCUGUGAGAGACGCAGAGGUUAUCAAGGAUGUUGACACCGGCGGUUUUCUAUCUUCAUUCUACAUCUUUUUCAGAAUUAUCAACUCAAUGUUCAUGUUCCCGUAUGCACUUGGAAGAUUAACUACUGCUUAUAUAUCAUACAACAGGGUUAAAAAAUACCUUAAAGACUGCUCACCUAAUUUUUACAUCAGUGAUAAUAGACACACCGGGCCAACUGAAAUGUCCUCUGACCUACCAGAUGUUACCACUGAGCUUGCGAAGGAUGUUGUAGUAUUAUAUAAGGAUGCCUCAUUUGCAUGGGUCCACAAUAGGAAAGAUUUUGCCAGUAAGAACAAUGAAGUUCAGCUGAAGAAUGUGAACUUUCAGCUAAAGAGGGGUGAGAUAGCAUUAAUGACAGGUAGUCAGGGUUGUGGCAAAUCUAACUUCAUAAAGUCAGUACUUGGUGAGAUGACAUUGGUUGGAGGUUCAAUGGCAGUAGUUCCUCUUCACACCUCAAUGCCAAUAUUUUACGCCUCCGAAGAAAUUUGGCUUAAAGAAGGAACUAUUAGAUCAAACAUAACAUUUGGACAUAGAUUCGAUGAGGAAAUAUAUAACUUAGUCAUCGAGAAACUUGAGCUUGAAACUGAUAUAUUAUCUUGGGAAAGAGGUGACUUAAGAGUUGUCUCAGAUAAUGCUCACUCACUAAGUUGUGGUCAGAGAGUUAGAAUGGAGAUGGCCAGAGCUAUCUAUGCCUAUCUUGUAUUCAGCAAGGUGAACAAGGAUUACAACAGAAGCCAAUGUUCAUUCCUACUAUGUCUUGACGGAUCAUUUCAUGGAUUAGAUCCAUAUGUAUCCAGAACUGUAUUCUUCAACUUGUUCAAUGCUAAGAAUGGUGUACUAGUUAAGGACGAUCUUGCUGUUAUAGUUUCAUCAUCACUAACCUUGCUGGAUAAAUGUGUCUCACCUACAAAAUUAGGUCAUUUCCCUAAGAUUCCCGUAUACGAGAUUGAUAACAAAUCUGUUCAUUUCAACUGUUAUUUGUCAGAUGUUUUUUCUUACAAAAAGACAUCAAAUGCCUUUGAGUAUAUCACACCUCCUUCAGGUCCAUACGAAUUGAAUUUCUUUACCAAGGAUAUGAUGAAACUUUGUUAUUCAAGCUCUAACACCAGCUCAUCUAGGAAUCACUUAACUAAAUCAAAGUACAGACGCUCACUAACUUCAAUCAUCCAGGAAUGUUAUUCCGAUGAUAAAUUUAAUCCAUAUCUACUAUAUUUCAGGGCAGCUGGAUUUACGUUUGUUCUAUUCACAAUCUUUUCUUUGGCAUCGGGUGUUAUGGAUAACUCUAAGUUCGUCCUUGCAACAAAUCUCACAGAUUAUAUGUUCAAAAAAGCAGGGGAUUAUGACGAUGGCGCCACUGUUGACAUGUCCGAUGUUGUAUCGCACAGCGAUUCUGCCCUAAACGUAAUGCUGAUUAUUGUGUCAGUUAUUAUGGGAUGUUCUCUAGUAUCAGUGUUACUUUUCACGGUUUCAAGUUUAAUGGCAUCAAGAAGAAUACAUGAAUAUUGUCUCACCUCAGUCUUCAAGAACAGCUCAUCUGUGAUUAAGAUCAAAAAGCAGAUAAACCAAAUCAUAACAUAUUUUUCUUCAGAUAUUGUUUUCGUUGAUGAAUGUAUUGGAGAUAUGAUCUUUACCACCUUCUUGUCAUUUAUACAAACUGCGAUUUCCAUUGGAACACUAUUUUACACAAUUCCCCUAUCUGUUCCAUUUAUUUUUAUAUCAUUGGUCAUUGCCUUUGAAUUCAUAGUAUUGAAUAUUGUCAAGUCAUUUAAGAGCAUUCAGCUGGGAUCACUAGAAACUAUGUCACACAUUAACACAACGUGUGAGGAUGCCAUACUCGGAUCACCAAUUUACAGAAGCUUUAAAAAGGAAUGGGAGUUGGUUAAUGAUAUUAUUGAAAGAAAUGAUUAUAAAACGAGGUGCUGGUUUUUGGCAAACUCCUUUGCAAGUUGGGCUUCAGUGUCUUUCAAUUGGUUAUUUUCACUUACAACCGCUCUAUUCCUCACAGGCCUGAUCAUAUUUGACAAGUUUACUGACUUUAAGAUGAAUGUUGGUUAUUUUGGAUUAGGUUUAUCACUUAGUAUGAGUGCCAUCAAAUCUUUCAACAAUUGUUCCUUUUGUUUUGCCAGGCUGCAGGUUUUUAUAUGUUCACUUCGAAGAUUUUUGUGCUUUAUUCCCCCCGGAUCCAAAUACGUAUUUGACAAAUUCCGCAAUGUUCAUCAAGAGGAUUUAGUUAUCAGUUCAUCAAAACCUGAGGACCAAAUUAAUACAACUAACUUGCUUAGGAGAAGGGCAAUUGAAUUCAAAGACACCAAUCCCAACUUCUUAAAGAGGAUGUUAUUCAGGCCUAAGUUCAACUUCAUGUACGUUUCGAAUUAUCUCCCAUCUGAACACACCGGGGUAGUAUUGAAGGAUCUCUGUGUUUACACCAAUUCACUGAUGAAUAAGGAAGGCCUCAUCCUUAACAACAUUAACGCAACACCCAGCAAGUCUGAUAUCAUUGGAAUCAUUGGCAGAACAGGCGCUGGUAAAACAACUUUGCUAUCUGUGCUGGAAGAUAAUGUUAGAAAUCGAACUGGUCAAGUCCUGCUUGAUGGUAGAGAUUUACAAGAAAUUCCCAAGAGUGUCCUGAGACAUAUAGUUGGCGUUCUUCCCCAGUUACCAUUUGUCUUCAAGGGUUGGACCAUUAGAAGGUUCUUGGAUCCAAGGAGACUAUUUACUGAUGAUGACAUUAAUGAAGCUCUUGAAAAUUGUGGUCUUCUUGAUUUUGUAAAUUGCCUUCCAGGCGGUAGAAAACUUGAUACUGUAGUUGUACCCAAACCACUUAAUACUGGCAAAAAAAUUCUUGACCAAGAUCCAAAGGAAUCUUUUAACAGGGGUAAGGAAUCUUACCGCGAAGACAGCUCAAUGACCAUCGAUGCUCCUAAAUCAACAGGUACAAUGUUAUCUGUAACUCAGCUCAGAACACUUUGGUUUGCGAAGUUAGUAUUGUGCAGACAUCAGUACAGAAUGUUAAUCAUUGAUGAACCACCAUCUGAUAACAUUUCUGAGGAUGGCUCUGAAGUUCAAGAUAUGGGUAUACCAAUCUAUGAACUAUUGGAUAAAUACUUUAAACACUGCACAUGUUUUGUUACUGCACACUUCUCCAAGGUUCUCAAAUCUUGUACAUCCGUUUGGGUAAUGCAUCACGGCAGACUUAUAAAGACCUGCAGCGCUUCAGAAGUAUCCAAAAAUGAAUCAAUCUCAAAUGUAAUUGAAGAGAUGGUUACCAAGUAUUCGAACCAACCUUAA